GCAAGUGAAGCGUGACGGUGGUGGACACGCUCUUCCAAGCCUGUUUCUGUGUUGUGGUGCUGUGACGGGUCUGUUGACGCUGUGACGUGCUUCAGAGCUGUGACGCUGCUAAGGUGACGCUUCCCACGAGACAGGGACGGAUCAUUAGUGAGACGAGAACACUGAUUUUUAAAGUUUCAUAGAUCUGUGAGUCACGUAAACGCACUCACGCACGAGAAGAGGAAAAAAACACUGCAAUUAAGUAUAAAAUAAUGCACUCACGCACACACGCACGCAAAGACGCACUGGAAUAAUUGAAAAAUCACACACGCACAAGCAAAAACAUCCCAUACACCCCGACAGACUCACAAGCAAAUGAAAAAAUAAAAGGGUCAAGAAAAACAAAAACACGCCGGUUCUUCACACCCACACCAUGUUCCUCCCACGGGUGCUACCCUGGGAGAUAGCCCCGCCCACACUCCCUCCCCUGGGCGGCCUACUGACGAUGCUGGAGGCUAAAGAAGGGAUGAAACCGCCCUUCCUUCUCCCCGCCCCGCCUGCAGUACCCCGAACCGCCGCCUGCGUUGUCCUGCCCCGCCCCGCCAGCCCCACACUCACCCACGCCCGCAGCCCACGGCAUGCCCACAACGCUAAGGCUUCUUCCUCGCCCCCAGUCGCCACCCCACCCCUCAAAUUUGGCGUGGAAAGGUUGCUAGCAGCGGAACCAAGGAAAGACACACAGCCAUCACCACCACACCACCACCACCACCACCACCACCUCCUUCAGCCACCCCCAUCGCCCUCCAGCCGCCUGCAACCCUCACCCACCACCCCCACCUCCCCUCCCCCCUGCACCAGCGCCUCCCUUCCCUGCCUCGCCUCCUGUGUGUGUGACGCCCCUGGGGGAAAGUGCCCUACAGAACAAGCAUACUAUUACGCACCUCUAUACGCCGCCCACCCCGCCCACUUACUGCCUUACCCCGCCCUGUACGGAGGCGGAGGAGGCGGGCACCGGGGGGAGGUGGUGGGCGCGGGGGCGGCAGCGGGCUCUCACGGGCGGCGCAAGAGGACCUGGACGAGGGCGGUGUUCAGUAACCUGCAGCGUAAGGGCCUCGAGAAGCGGUUCCAGAUGCAGAAGUACAUCACCAAGCCGGACAGACGACAGCUGGCGGCCACGCUGGGACUCACCGACGCGCAGGUCAAAGUUUGGUUUCAGAACAGAAGGAUGAAAUGGCGUCACUCAGAACUCAAGAAGCGAGAGCAACAGCAGCAGCAGUUACAGCAAACUCAACAGCAGCAGCAACAGCAACAGCAGACACAACAGAAGGAAGCAGUACAAGAAGACCAGCAGACGGACAGCCAGAUGGAGGAUGAGGAAGAUGAGGAAGAGGAGGAGGAGGAAGAGGGAGGAAUGGAGUGCUCAGAGGGACAAGAAAGAAAUGGAGUUUUAUUACCAAGAGAUGAGCGGGAGAUCAAUCCAAGUGAAGAUUUAGUGACAAAGAAGACUUAAGGAAUGAAUUACCAUUAACUUUCCCUUGAAUGCAAAGAAAUAAAGGGAAAAAUAUAUUGCAUUGUAGUUUUAUUAGAGAUAAACAGACUUGAAAAAAUAAAUUGCACUAAAAUUAACCUUGAAUCAAAUGAAAAUGGUGAAAUCUUUUAUCACAAUUCUUAUCUAGCUAGAGUUCUACAUUAAGUGUUUUCUGACUUGGAAUUAUACAAAUCAAACUCAAAUCAAACCGUUUCCUUGUUAUAGGUGUCAAAAUUUCAGACAUUCAUUUUUAAACACUAAACAAAUAUUCAGGCAAUUUCAAGUAUAACUAUUUUCUUUCCUAAUUUAACAAAACUCAAGUACAACACAAUCCUGUUUUCUUUGGGAAUUUUCAAUCACUUUUUUUAAUAACUUCAAUUUAGUAUGAGUGUGAAUGUGGAUGUUCUUUAUACACAAAUAUGACACACCUGCCGUAAGUUAUAUUCUUCUGUAUGUACUGUAUAUAAUGUUAGAUGACAACACACUGUACUGAUGAUUAUACAACUUUCCUAGUUCAAAA